GUUGGACUGGCCGGCCAGGAUUGGCGAGCCGCGGGAUAGGCGGAACGCUCUGGAUUUGGUUUUGGGCGGGAAUUGAAAUUGCUGCGGCGGCUGCCUGCUAGAGCCUGAGAGCUGCAGGUUUCCAGCCUCGGAGGGGACCAUGGUGCGGCCUGCGAGGCAUAAGAAGCCAGUCAAUUACUCCCAGUUUGAGGACUCUGAUAGUGAUGAUGAUUUUGUUCCUGCAACCGCACCGUUAAAUAAGAAAUCCAGAACAACACAAAAGGAGUUGAAACUAGAAAAACCAGAACCUAAGCUGAAGAAUCUCCAGGAAAAAGACAUCCCACUACAAGAGAAAACCCCUAAAAAAAGGAUGGCUUUGGACGAUAAACUCUACAAGAGAGACCUGGAGGUCGCACUGGCUUUGUCAGUGAAGGAGGUUCCAGCUGUCACCAUUGAUGUGGAGCAGUCUCAAGGCUUUGACAAACAUGGCAAGAAGGAAACAGGAGCAACGAGUAAGUCUCCUCAUGUCUCCAACUGCAGUGUAGCUGGUGAUUAUUUAGAUCUGGAUAAGAUCACUGAGGAGGAUGAUUCUCAGGACACUCCACGGAGAAGGAAGGCUGCGUCCCAAGCCGUGGUCCAGCAGAGGAAGAUUCUCUUGGAAAACAGUGAUGGCGAGGAAGCCAACGACUCUGAGCCAGACUUUGCAACUGGUGAAGACUCUGAGGAUGACUCUGAUUUUAGUGGGAGUGAAGACGAUGAAAGCUUCACUGUGAGAAAAAGUAAAGUUAAAGAAACCAAACGGAAAGAAGUGAAGGCGAAACCUCCAGCUGAAAAGAAAGAGAAGCCUAAACCCAAGCCUGGUGCUGGGGUGACUUCAGUAGACUGCACUCCAGCUGCCGUCAAGUCACAAUCUCGGUCCUCACCAAGAAAGGAGGCCAGUAGGACGCCUUCACGGAUACGCAGUCCUGCAGCAGAAAGCAAGAGACCUAAGUGGGUCCCACCAGCCAUGUCCGGAAGCAGCAGCCGCAGCCCCCUGGCAGGAGUGGCCAUGAAGUCUCCAAGUCAGAGCCUCCGCCUCGGCCUGUCCCGCUUAGCACGGGUUAAACCUCUGCAUCCAAACGCCACCAGUAGCUGCGUGUAGCCACAGGAAGAUGUUUGAUUAAGAAGCUCUCACUCGUAUAAGUGGGUUUAUAUUUGAGGAGGGAAUUGUAAUAUAAAGGAAUCUUUUAACGUCAUAUAAAUUACCUCUAUCUGUUUGGUGACUGUUCUCUGCAAAGCUGCCUGAGACUUGAGCAAGAGUUUUAUGUGAAUUCUCUUGGAAGGUCCUUUCCUUCUGAAGAGCAUAUUCUCCUCCCUCAGUGUGUAAGCACUCACUGUCAUCACCUUGCUGUCAGCAUGACACGGAAGAGGUCCACGUUACACGCUGCUCGUUGCCAGUGGCAGGAUGCUGCUUCCUGCCUUUGUCAAGUUGAUGGCCCCUGAACUUCGUGUGCAGAGUUUAUCUCGCAAGAGGAAGAUUCCCACUUCUCCUGGGACGUGUCUGCACUGACAACCACACUGUCAGUUUUAUUGCCAUGAUGUUUCAUAUUUUAGCCAAAUGUUUUUAUAAUGAGAAUUCAGAAUUAUUUUCCACAUUGAAACAGUUGAUGUACUAUAGUGUAUGUCUCCUACCUAGAAGUAUUAAUAGAUGGUUAUAGCAAAUAAAAUUUCAUGACAUUUCAUGAAGCCUUCAUUGUCAAAACCUUUGAUAUGCACUUUCCCUUGAUACCAUUGCAUCCAUCUGUCUCUGUCUACAUUUCAUGAUAAAAUAAGUGCUCUGCAGAAAAAAAAAAGUUAUCCUUUUUGUUGUAAAUAGAAAGAGGAAGAGCUGUUUCUUAAAGUCAUCACUGUACAUGAAGCCCAUGUUUAACAGGCGGCUGUCAAGGUUGUCAUCCCUGUUGUAUUAGCAUAGCUCUUCAGGAAGCUUAGAUACGAGUUCGCUGUGAAUAAAACUAGUAAUAGAUGUUUUCUAUUUACAGUGAAAAUUUCAACCAGCUCCUGAUCACUUUUUAAUAAAAAUUCUCUGAAUUUUAACCAUUAAAAAUGUAUAUAAUACUUAAUUCUUGGUUUAUGAAAUAUGUUAAUGUGAAAAUAAGUAAUUCAGACUUAUGAUUAAAGUGAGCAUUUGCCUACU